AUGGGACCUAUCUCUGAGCUUACCGACACGUACGCAUUCGACUGUUACUUUCGUCAAACAUGGAGUGACGAUCGUUUGAAAUUUAAUAGUGAAUAUCGUAAAACUCUUUCAUUGGGUAUGUCGAUGCUUGACAAAAUAUGGAAACCAGAUACGUUCUUUUGGAAUGGUCAUGGAUCGUGGAUACAUACGUUGACAACGCCGAAUCGCUUGGUUCGGUUAAGCGCAGAGGGUGAAAUUCUUUAUUCAUCAAGAUUAACUGUCAAAGCGAAAUGUCAAAUGGACCUACAUCGAUAUCCAUUGGAUAUUCAAGUAUCAAUUCAUCGCAUGAACUAUUCGGCAUUAGAAGUUCGAUUUUAUUUGCAUCGUCACUUUGGAUAUUUCUUAAUAAAUUUUUAUGUGCCAUGUACCUUAAUUGUACUUUUGUCGUGGGUAGCACUAUGGAUUAAUCGAGAAGCAACUUCAGAUCGUAUUGGUCUCGGCAUCACCAGUGUGCUAACGAUGACUUUUCUGUCGUUUGACAGUCGUUCCGAGUCACCUCGUGUGGAUUUUCCGACUGCACUCGAUGUUUAUAUUCUGAUUUGUUUUAUGACAUUGUUGAUUUGCAUUUGUGAAUUCACGGUCGUUCAUUACUACACGAAAUUCAACACGGCUGAUCCAGAAUUGCAAAGGGCCGAGAAAGACCGAAUUCGACGAAUGCUGAGAAAGGUUCCGAAAGAAGCGAUGUUGAGUGGUCGUCAGAUGAUACUCCGCAGACGUUCAGUGGCAGUCUCAGAUAGAUUCAAUCGACUCGAUGGAGGUCGCUAUUCAGUAUGCGCUCAUCGGAACAGUGAUCCACCACCUCAAGGAAACUAUCUCUUAACGCAGCAACCAACACCCAAAGUGAACUCAACUUUAAGCGAAUUUGAUAUUCGCACAUUUCAAACAGAUUCUCUUGGGUGGCGUCUUUACUACAUGAUGAUUGAUUUGGGAAAGCGAACGGAUCCGUUCGAAAUACAAGUCAACUCGAUAAGUGUUCUCGAUAAAAUCUGUCGACUCAUUUUGCCGAUUGCAUUCGCGUCCGUUGUUCUCAUCUACUACAACUUCUACGCGAAUACACCUCAUCACAUCGCUUUUCAUGAUCAAUAUUCAUUCUGA